CAGGGAGGAGCAGAGAGUCUUAGGAGGAAGAAGGCAGGAGAAAUUGAAACCCAGCAGCGAAGGCCCCAGAGCUACAGUGGGAGGAGGCAACCCUUGAUUUCAAAAUGGCCUCCCUUGCUGCAUCAAAUGCAGAAUUUGGCUUCGACUUAUUCAGAGAGAUGGAUAGCAGUCAAGGAAACGGAAAUGUAUUCUUCUCUUCACUGAGCAUCUUCACUGCUCUGGCCCUCAUCCGUUUGGGUGCUCGAGGUGACUGUGCACGUCAAAUUGACAAGGCACUUUACUUUAACAUCCCAUCAAGACAAGGAAACUCUUCUAACAAUCAGCCAAGGCUGCAGUAUCAAUUGAAAAGAGUUCUCGCUGAUAUAAACUCAUCUCAUAAGGAUUAUGAACUCAGCAUUGUCAAUGGACUUUUUGCAGAGAAAGUGUAUGACUUUCAUAAGAGCUACAUUGACUGUGCUGAAAAGUUAUACGAUGCCAAAGUGGAAAGAGUUGACUUCACAAAUGAUAUAGAAGUAACCAGAUAUAAAAUUAAUAAAUGGAUCGAAAAUGAGACACAUGGCAAAAUCAAGAAGGUCUUAGGUGGCAACAGCCUCAGCUCAUCGGCUGUCAUGGUGCUGGUGAAUGCUGUCUACUUCAAAGGCAAAUGGAAAUCUGCCUUCACCAAGAGUGAGACCCUCAGCUGCCGCUUCAGGUCUCCCACGUGUCCUGGGAAAGCUGUUGCUAUGAUGCACCAAGAACGGAGGUUCAAUUUGUCGACAAUUCAGGAUCCACCCAUGCGGGUUCUUGAGCUGCAAUAUCAUGGCGGCAUAAGCAUGUACAUCAUGCUGCCCGAGAAUGAUAUAUCCCAAAUUGAAGGCAAGCUGAGCUUUCGGAAUCUAAUGAGCUGGACGAGUAGGAGGAAAAUGAAAUCUCAGUACGUGAAUGUGUUUCUUCCUCAGUUCAAGAUAGAGAAGAAUUAUGAAAUGAGAAGCCAUUUGAAAUCUUUAGGGUUGAAAGAUAUCUUUGAUGAGUCCAGUGCAGAUCUCUCUGGAAUUGCUUCUGGAGGUCGUCUCUACGUAUCAAAGCUAAUGCACAAGUCAUUCAUAGAGGUCAUGGAGGAUGGCACAGAGGCCUCUGCUGCCACAGAAAGUAACAUCGUUGAGAAGCUGCUUCCUGAAUCCACAGUGUUCAGAGCUGAUCGCCCCUUUCUGUUUGUCAUCAGGAAGAACGGCAUCAUCUUAUUCACUGGAAAAGUCUCCUGUCCUUAAAAUUCCAAUUGGUUUCCUAUAGAGUCGCAGGCAUCAGGAAGCAUCCUAACUGAAUAGAAUUGUAAAUGGAAGUACAUGGGUUUGGUUUGGUUUGUUAGAGUUUAUCGAUGGUCAGCAAAUGAUAUUGGUGACUUGACCCUUUAGAUACCUGGUUGAUUGUCUCGAUCCUUGCUCUCAUCACUUCUGGUCCCAUUUACUUCCCUUUGCCUCUAGUCUUGUUGGCUUUCUCUCACAACCUUCACUACCAUUAUUUCCAAAGGCCCAUUUGGAAACACGAGUUCUGCCCUACUAACAAAGAGAAUGCAGAAGCUGCCUGGAGAACUGUGUAUGUCUGAACUCCUCAGUUUUCAGAGGCGUCCCUGCUUCACGGUUCAAUGAUCUAAGAUAUAAGUCCAUUUGUUUCCUAGAAAUCAAUACGAAGAAUAACACAUCCUGGCUGGCAAAGAAGACACGAGAAUUUAUUUCCGUACACUUGACUUUCAAUCACUGUACAAUACCAGAGGCUCAAAAAUACAAAAUCGAGGUUUUUAAGCAACCAAAAUGUUUCAUUAAUAACUUUAAAUGUUUAGCUUUUUCUUUCCUUGGUAAGACUUGAUAUGUACAGUUUCCAAAUGGUAAAUACUUUUUAAAUGUUGGCAGUCGUUAUUUACAGCAUAAUAUUUCAUAUUCUUUCAAGAUUGCGAGUGUUCUCAUAUUUAUCAUGAUGAAGAUGUUCAGCACCUGCAUAGUGUGACCGUUCUCCUCUGACCAAUCUUGAAUCUAUCAUCUCUUUAUUUUCUAGACCAUGGAAAAAUGCAGUGAAGAAAAAGAGUACUGUUAUAAUACAAGGUGAAUUUGGAUCAAUGUUGUUUAUUUAUGACACAUUUCUUUUACACAUAUACUAGUAGAUGAGAAAAUUGAAAAUAUUAGAAUUUAAAGUUAAAAGUGAGAGGCAAGAAUGGAUCCAAGUAAGCUACCUGUUUCUUUCCUUCCUUCCUCUAUUCCAUCUGCUCACCCUGGUCAGAUGGCUUCUUUCCUUUGAGAAUCACCUAUUCCCAAACCUCUAUGUUUCUCAGGGCUUUGCAGCUACCACAAGUGGGUGGUGGAGACUUUGGUAAGCUGCCUGUGCUGCCAUUCUUCCUUCAUCCUGGUUGCCCUAGACCCACUGCGGCUUGCUAGGGAUAGUCCCUUCCCCCAUGGCUGUCUCCUUCCUUAGGAUAUUCCUUAAUCCCCCUUCUAUCCCUGCUUGCUACCAGGUACUCUGUAGCCAACCCACAUUUCACAGAGCCAUGCAGGCUACAUUUACCUUCCUCUCCUCCUCCUCUGCU